UCAGAAUUGAGAUCCCAAUUAACAUCAAUUAAUUUGGCACUUCUUUGCAAAGCUAAUGAUGUUAAGAAAUUUGGCUAUGAAACUGUCCUGGAGCCUCUCUUGAAGGACCUUAUUACAUUAGAGGAAGAAGGCAUUUUUUUUCCUGCCAGUGGCAAAAAUAUCAGAGGAACAGUUUUUUGUGUUUCAGCGGAUAAUCUAGGUGCUCAUUCCUUGAGUGGCCUGAUGGAAAGUUUUACUGGGCAUUACAUAUGUAGAUUUUGUAUUGGGGACCAUUCAGACUACCAGCAAAAAGAGGUGCAUUCUGGGUUUUUUCCACCAAGAACAAAGGAGAAUUAUACUUUACAUGUUCAAUCUGUAAAGGAAAACCCUGAUCUCGUACAUUGUUACGGUGUAAAGAAGGUUUGUCCCUUAACAGAGAAAUUGAAGCAUUUCCAUUUUGUGACAGGGUACCCACCAGAUGUGCUCCACGACCUCUUGGAAGGAAUAAUACCUUUGGAGUUGGCACUAUGUUUUAAUGUGUUUGUAAAAAAGCAGUAUUUCACUCUUUUACAACUGAACGAUUUGAUUACCGAGUUUCCGUAUAAUUGGACCGAUAAAACUGACCGCCCCCAACCCAUCCCACUAAAUCUUUCUUCUCGCAGAUCUAUCGGUGGAAACGCACACGAGAAUUGGACACUACUAAGAUUAUUACCAUUUAUAAUUGGUGCAAAGGUGCCAUUCAGUGAUCCCGCAUGGCAAGUUCUCAUGAUAUUAAAAGAUAUUACUGAACUCGUGGUAUCCCCGAUUCAUACCGAGGACAGUAUAAGUUAUCUUGAUGCAUUGAUAUCUGAACAUCGCCAUAGACUGCUGGAAGUUUUUCCUGACUUUAAGUUAACUCCUAAGUUCCAUUUCUUGGAACAUUAUCCAGACAUGAUAAAAUGCUUUGGACCUUUGGUUUGUGUCUGGACUAUGCGCUUUGAGGCAAAGCAUAGUUUUUUCAAGCGUAUUGUUAGACACACAAACAGUUUCAGAAACAUUCUACUCAGUCUCGCCACAAAGCACCAAAUGAUGAUGUCAUAUCAUUUACAUGCUGAUGCUUUGAAACCUGCAUUAUGUGUGAGUAAAGUAACUAGUAUUCCAUUGGCAUUGCUGCAUGAGGAAAUACAGGAGUCUUUUAAAAAAGUAUAUCCAACACAAACCACAGUGGAGCUGACAAAUGCACUGUCAUAUCAUGGAACCAGAUAUGCAGUUGGGAUGAUUUUGCCUCAUGGUGCUACUGGUGGUCUACCCGAUUUUGUGGAAAUUUCACAAAUUGUGAUUGUAGGCAGUGAUCUUAAUUUCAUUGUUAAGUUGCUUAACAGUUGGUAUUAUGAACAUUUUAGGGAUUUGUUUUGGAGCACUCUGGGAAGGUGACUCUGCUGCACAUACAGCAACUUAGUGAUACAUACCCCUUGGCAGCAUACUGUGUGGGAGGGAAACGCAUGGUCAGUUUAAAAAGACACAUUAUUGUCCAGUAGUAGGUGAAAAAGCUAAAAGCAUCAACGGUACAGCAAUCCUACUCUGAUUUCCAGUUGUGAAUUGUUUUCAUACAGAUGGACCCUGUUGUUGUGAAGGUGAUUAUAGAUCAUCAUAGUGAGAAGCUCACACUGUCAUCAGGGAUGCCAGACACAGUGGAGCAAUUGCAUAAGACUGUGAAGGACACUUUCCAGAUCCAUGAGGAAUUCACCCUCCACUACUUUGACGAGGACUUUGGUGAUAUCUUCACAAUUCAUUCUACUAACGAGGUUAAACAUAAGUGGACAAUCAAGGUGGUCAUUAUUCCAUCCAUAGUGCUCUCAUUAGCAACACCGGAGACUGAAAAUGUGGCAGAUGCAGACAAUGUGAGUGACACCUCCAGUUUGACUUCAAAAACACUGUCUUCACAGUCAUCCUCUAGUUAUGCUGACUACCAGUCAGAUGGCACAUCAUCAGUGUCAUCACAAGGCACUGUCUUACUAAGCCCCGAAAGGGUAUUGUGGCCAAGUGAAAUUGAAAUUCCACGUUUUUCAGUUGCAACAGAGGCAGUACUGAGGAAAGCGAAUGAACAAUUUUUGAAAAAUGGAACUGUCCUCAACAACCCCAAAUUGAAGUCUGAAAUACUGGAAAGGCUGGCAGAUUACAUGUACAGUUACACUGCCUAUCACACAGGCCUUCAGGUCGGACAGGUUGCAGAAGCCUUAGUCCAAAAACACCCAUGUCUAACAGAACCUGGAAGUCGCAACGGAUGGAUUGGAUGGAUGUACAGCCUAAAAUACAAGAUGGGGAAUUAUAGGUCCAAGUUAAGAAAUCUUGGAUUUCCUGAAGUUACGUGCAAUUCUCUCAAAAACAAGCGUCCUGGUGAGAGGAAACCAGCCCAAAAUGUUAAAAAAGCACGCAAAGGGGAAGUGAUGUAUCUCCCACAUUAUCCUUCAGGAGAAAGCAGUGAACACCAAGAGCAACAGCGGCUCAAAAUUCUGUCUGAAUUAAAGAAGAGAGAGAGGGCAACCAUCAAUGGACUGAUGUCCAACACUUUUGCUCAUCGAAGACAGGAUCUUGUUAGUCUUCAACUGAGCAUCAAAGAGAUCAAGGAAAGGUGGCCUGCCUUGUUCGAUGUGUCACAAGUGAGAAAAUGUAAUUUCUCCAACACAGUUUAACACAUAUACCUUGGGCAGAAGAGGCUGAAAUUCAGAAAUUGCAUUGUUUAAAUCUAAGUUUGUAAAUUGGGCCCUGUCCUUUUUUGUCUUUUUCUUUUUCUUUUUUUUCAGGUCAACGCUGAGUUCCAUCGAAUUACCACCGUAAAUCUUGAGGCCAAAUUCAUGUUCAUGUUAGACCAUUACACCCCUAAACUGCUUGCCAUCUUCCAAGCCAAGAAAGGUGCUGCUGGAGAGAGACAUCGUACAGAAAUGAAUAUUCUACUCCAGAGUGGAAUUCCCAUAGAGAAAACCAGAGAAGUUGUCAUCCGAUGUCUCAUUGAUCACCUGGGUGAAGAUGUGGGUGCCUUAAUCAAGGAGUUUGAGAAUUUUGGUGAUUCAGCGGUCAAUGUGGAAGAAGAGCUGGCAGCAGAGACGAUGGCUCUGUACCUUGUGCGUGAUGAAGAUGGACAAGUCAGGGAUGUAGGGAUCGUCAUUGAGGGUUCCACCGUACUCAACCACCUUGGGGAUCUCAGCAGAGCCUGCUGCUACUUGCUUGGACUAACUUAUGCCUUGGACCUCAAAUACCCCAAAACUCUUAAAUACAUUUUUGAAGUAUUUCAAAAGAUGCUCGUUGAAGUGGAUGCUGGAAACCUGUCAACAAAGGUGCAACGACUGAAAAACAAUGUAAUGAUAUAGUUGUCUGUGGGGUAGAUGAGCACAGAUGAGACUCAUACAACUGAACCAUGUGUGUAAGGCAAAAAACAGACUGUACGCUCAGUAAUUAGUGAGGUUCUUCUGGACAGAAAUUUGGACAAUCUAUGGCUUCAUUUCGUCAAACCACCUCCAGGUGUUGUCUGACUGAUUGUUGAUGUUUUUUUGAUUGUACAUUUACAUUUUGCAUUAAUAUGCGUUUGAUUUUUUUUCUUCAAUCAUUCUGUGAGGCGUGAGGCAUCCAAUUUUUGAGUUUCGAGUCAAGAGUUUCAAGGCAUUUUCACCAGAAGUGACUUAAAUGUUGUACUUCUAAAGGAGGAAGUAGUUUUUGUAUUUCCAGUUUGGAGUAUCUGUAAUUGUGAGAAAUGCAGGUGUUUAAAAAAGCAUAAGAGAUGACCAAUGUAUUGUCAUAUCUAAAUGUGAAGCCAAAUAUGCUGUGGAGAUGAUUUUGCCCUUGUGUCACAGAUGUGAUGGGCCCAGUUACUAGUCAUCAAUGUGUUUAGUGUGAAGAUUACCCCUUGCAUUAAUAUGCAUCUUUAAUAUGUAUCUUUUUCAUGGCCAUUUGGCAAGAAGCAUUUUAGUUCAGAGGCGUUUGAUCUUGGGUAUCCUGAAUUGCCUUUCUUGUAACAGCUUCGAAUGUGCUGCUGUAGGUUGUGUCCACAUAACUUGAGUGGUAAGACAGACGGACAAGUUGCGAUAUGUGAUCUAGCUCCAGUUCUUAGGGAGAAGUUGCCAUGCUAAGUAUUUUAAAAAUUCCUUAUUGAAAUGCACUUUUAUGUAUUAGGUAUAUGCAUAUACUGGAAAAAAUGUAAUUUUCUGUGGGAAAAAUGUUUUAAAAUAAAGUUUAAUGUUUUGUGAGA